CAUGGGAGAAUAUAAAGAUUAAAGAUACUAGUUUGAUUGGGGAAAUUUUGUAGGAUGCAACUUUAAAGGAUCUCAAUUCUAAAAUGUCGAUAUGAGUGGAGUAAAUCUAAAUGGAGCACUAUUAUUGAAUUGUCUGUGGAAGAACAUUAAAAUAUGCAAACUUAAUAAAUUGGAUAGUCACGAUCAUGUCCUAUCAGUAUGCUUCUCAUCAGAUGGAACAACUUUAGCUUCAGGUGGUGAUGAAUCAAUCCUUUUAUGGGAUAUUAGAACAGGAAAAUAAAUAUCCAAAUUGGAAGGACAUAGUAAUUAUGUUAGAUCAGUUUGUUUUUCACCAAAUGGAAAAAUUUUAGCAUCUGGUAGCGAUGAUAACUCAAUCUAUUUAUGGUAUGUUAAUACAGGAGAAAAAGUCAAAAUAGAUGGUCAUAGUAAUUGCGUCAACUCAGUAUGCUUUUCACCAGAUGGAACUACUUUAGCAUCUGGUAGCGAUAAUAAAUCAAUCCGAUUAUGGGAUGUUAAAACAGAAAAAGAAAAAGCAUAAUUUGAUGGUAAAAGUGGAAGAAUAUGGUCAGUAUGCUUCUCACCAGAUGGAUUUACCUUGGCAUAAGGUAGUGAUGAUUACUCAAUCAGAUUAUGGGAUGUUUAAACAGGAAAAGAAAAAGCCAAAUUGGUUGGUCAUAGUAACAGUAUAAACUCAGUCAGCUUUUCACCAGAUGGAACUAUUUUAGCAUCUGGUAGUGAUGAUAACUCAAUUCGAUUAUGGGAUGCUUAAACAGGAAAAGAAAAAGCCAAAUUGGAUGGUCAUAGUAAUUGUAUCAACUCAGUAUGUUUUCCACCAGAUGGAAAUACUUUAGCAUCUGGUAGUGAUGAUAACUCAAUCCGAUUAUGGAAUGUUAAAACAGGAUUAGUAAAAGCCUAAUUAGUUGGCCAUAUUAAUAGGGUAUGGUCAGUCUGCUUUUCACCAGAAGGAACUAUCUUAGCAUCUGGUAGUGAUGAUAACUCAAUAAGAUGAUGGGAUAAUUAAGCAGGAAAAGAAAAAGCCGAAUUGGAU